CGCUCCGAUUUGAUUCCCCGGCGCGCUUUCCCUCCCUCCCUCCCUCCCCAAAUCACCGAGGAGGAAUUCUCUCGACUCCCCCAGAAAAUCGGAACUUCCCAGCAUCCAAUCCAACCCCUUUCUGCAAUCGAGCAGAUGCUCCAGAUGACGGUCCGCCCGACUCCGUUCCUCGCGAGAUCGAUGCCCUUCCGCUUCUUCUUCUUCUUCUUCGUGUUGUCUGUUGCCAGGUCUUCUGGCGGUGGGGAAGCCAAGAGUGAAAGAACAUUGGCUAUCAUAAAGCCAGACGGAUUGUUUGGCAACCACACAGAUGCCGUAAAGAAGAUUAUUUUGGAGUCCGGCUUCAGAAUCUUAAAGGAAAAGAUCGUUCAGUUAGAUCAAGAAAGCGCAGCAAGCUUUUAUGCUGAGCACUCUGCAAGGAGCUUCUUUCACAGCCUCGUCCAAUACAUGACGAGUGGUCCAGUGUUGGUUAUGGUUUUGGAAAAGGAUGAUGCUGUUUCAAGCUGGCGUACUUUGAUUGGGCCAACAGAUGCAAGCAAAGCUAAAAUUACUCAUCCUCAAAGCAUUAGAGCAAUGUGUGGGACUGAUGCUGAGAAAAAUUGUGUUCAUGGUUCUGAUUCGCCCCAAUCGGCCCAAAGAGAGAUAUCAUUUUUCUUUGACUCCAUGCCUUCAGCAGGGGUGCAAGCUAUUGAACACGACGAACUGUAGCUGGAAAAUGCAGAGGAUCCCUUUGAGCCUCUUUAACCUCUUCAGUUAUAACCAUACGACACAGAUUCCUCAUCUACUUGAGACUGGCAUAGAGGAUUAUUUCCAUAAAAUUUUGAUUCUGUUUGGCUGAAUGUAUUGCUUUUAUGCAGCCACAUUGACAUGGUGAUACCUGCUGAGGUAAGCCCUGUAUGCUUAGUUGUCAGCUCAAAAUACAUUGCGCGUGUUGCUGCAAAUGUUGAGCCUGAAGUGUAUAAUUGGACAAACAAUAGGGGGACCUGCUUAAUCAGGUUUGCACUCAUGGAGUUGCAGGAUUCAUAUGUGUGAUCAUUAAACGCACCAAAAAGUGGUUCUGGGUUUCACCUGAUAUACGUAAUCCAAUUGUUUAGUCAUUCAAUAUUUAUCUGAUAGGAUUUUCAUGGAUAGUUUGCAUAAUGUAGCACUCUUCCUAAACGGCGAUAUGCUACUCUCUUGA